UUUCUUCUCCGCUUCCGUGCUGCUCAGAUUCUUACAAAUCUGAUGCGGAAUAUGAUUUAAAACUGUUGGAAUUCGCAAAAUUUUAUUUAUUAGUAAGCAUGGAGGAUAUAUCUGCUCAACUCUACCAUGCUGUUAGCAAAAAUGAUCCCGCCAAAGUAGAGGAAUUACUGAACAGUGGAGCCAAUGCAAAUGAAUAUUAUUACGACAUGGAAAAUAUCAGCUCCAGUUCUAUUCUACACGUCUGCUGUGGAAAGGGGCACCUAGAGUCCGCACGAAUCUUGGUUGACAGAGGAGCGGACAUUUUGUCGCGAGACAAAUGGCGGAUGUCGCCCUUGAUACACGCCAUCAUGCCACAGUUUACAGAAAUUGUUGAAUUUCUGAUCACAAGUAACCCGGAUGUUAUUAAUAUGUGUGAUAAAUAUGGAAAAGCUCCUUUACAUUAUGCUAUAGAGUCCGACUCUGUAUCUAUCUUAGAUCUUCUUAUCCGCCAUGGUGCUGAUGUCAAUGUCGGAACAAUGAAGGGGAUUACCCCGCUGAUGCUGUUGUGUUCUACGUCAGAUCUACAGAACGAUAUAGAGAUGAUGCGACUGCUGAUAGAUCACGGAGCUCUGGUCAAUCUCCGAGACGUGGCCGCCAAACGCACCGCAUUGCAAUAUGCAGCUCUGAAGUUGAAAAUUGCCGCCGUUCAGCUUCUGUUAGAAGUCGGCUCUGACACUAACACUCUUGAUGGAGCAGGAAGGACACCAAUGACGAACGUGAUCCGCCAAUGUGUCCGAUCCGACGGAUCAAUCCAAACGGACGACUGCAUGUCAAUCAUCGUGAUGUUACUUCAAGCCGGAAGUGACCUCAAUAUGACAACAUGUGAGGAUUGUUGUCCACUAAUGGUGGCGUCGCUUUUAAAGUGUGGGUUCUUGGUUCGAUUUUUCUUAGAACACGGAGCUGAUCCGGGUAUUCGUUUUGCCUCUGGUGUUUAUCCCCUUUUAGCGGCUGUCGGUAACCGUGACAUUCCAACAAUUAAAACUCUGUUGGAGUACAACAGCCCCCUCUAUCUCCAGGGACGGGUGAUCAGACGCAGAGAGGAGUUCUACUAUAACCCCUACGAACUGGCCGUGCAUCUGGGCUGUUUUGAUAUCGUGGAACUUUUGUAUGAAUAUGGUUUUAAUUUAUCAAAGUAUCCCUACUUAGCAGACCCUUUUAAUACUAAGAAUAUCCCCAUUCCUCUUCAACAAAAUCAAACAGCUCUGACAUCAUUGCAGGAAUUGGCCUCUAAACCACUUACGUUAUUUAAGAUUAUAUCAUUAAAUAUUCGGACAUUUCUAGGAAAGGAUCUCCAUCAUAAAGUUGGAAUGUUGCCAUUACCAACAUCUUUGCAGAGAGACUUAAUAUGUCUAGCGGGGUGAAAACAAUUCACCUCACUUUAAAAUAUAAUUUGUAUUUUGCUUAUUAAUUUCAUUUAUUAAAUUCUAAAAAUCUAAUAGAUAAAA